AUGCCGAGGGGAAAUGCCAAGGGGAGCCCGCCGCAGGCGCCCACUCGCCCUGGAGAGCCAGACUUCUCAGUUUGGGGACCUGAAGGGUAUUUACGAACAGACUUACAAGAGCCCUCCCACUUUGAUUCUCAACAGCCGGCUAUCUUAGAAGAAGAAGAAGUCAUGAUAGCUCAUGCUCAUCCACAAGAAGUCUACAAUGAAUAUGUACCCAGAGGGUGCAAGAACAAAUGCCAUUCACAUUUCCAUGAUACGCUCGGCCAGUCAGACGAUCUCAUCCACCAUCAUCAUGACUACCAUCAUAUUCUCCAUCACCACCACCACCAAAACCACCACCCUCACAGUCACAGUCAGCGCUACUCUCGGGAGGAGCUAAAAGAUGCUGGCAUUGCCACAUUGGCCUGGAUGGUGAUAAUGGGUGAUGGCCUGCAUAAUUUCAGCGAUGGCCUAGCAAUUGGUGCUGCUUUUACUGAAGGUUUAUCAAGUGGUUUAAGUACUUCUGUUGCUGUGUUUUGUCACGAGUUGCCUCAUGAAUUAGGUGACUUUGCCGUUUUACUAAAGGCUGGCAUGACUGUUAAACAGGCUGUCCUUUAUAAUGCUUUGUCAGCCAUGCUGGCAUAUCUAGGAAUGGCAACAGGCAUCUUCAUUGGUCAUUAUGCUGAAAAUGUUUCCAUGUGGAUAUUUGCACUUACUGCUGGCUUAUUCAUGUAUGUUGCUCUGGUUGAUAUGGUACCUGAAAUGCUGCACAAUGAUGCUAGUGACCAUGGAUGUAGCCGCUGGGGAUAUUUCUUUUUACAGAAUGCUGGGAUACUUUUGGGUUUUGGAAUUAUGUUACUUAUUUCCGUAUUUGAACAUAAAAUUGUGUUUCGUAUAAAUUUCUAGUUAGGGUAUAAAUGCUAGAGUAGCUUAAAAAAUUGUUGUCAUAGUUUCAGUAGGUCAUAGGGAGAUGAGUUUGUAUGCUGUGAUAUGCAGCAUUUAAAGUUAGUGGAUUUUGUGAUUUUUGUAUUGAAUAUUGCCAUCUGUUAUAAAGUCAAUUGUGGUAACAUAAAGGUACGUUUUAAUAUUUAAGUUAUUGUAUUUUGGAAAUAUAAGCUAUAUGUGCAAUUCACCAUUACCAAUCUGUUGUAUAAACAAGGGAUUUGGCAUGACAUGUUCUGUAUAUUUCAGGAAAAAUGUCCUUAAAACCUUUUCUGGAACUAAUUUAACACAGUAAUUCUCAUGCUAGACUUUAGGCUGCUGAAGAACUGCUGGUGUUUAGGAGUAAGAAUGUGCAUGAAGCCUAAGAUACCAAUAAAGCUUGUACUGAAUUUAAGCUAAGAAAUAAGGAAGAAAACAGAAGAAUCUGAGCAUUGAGGAGAUAGAGAUUUCUUAUAAAAUCACAAAGUUUGUUAUAAAUUAGAGGAGGGAAAUUUAGAUUUAAAUUUAAAAAGGCAGAUUUAGUAUAGAGUACAUUCAGAAACAUUUCUUGUCAGAGUAUUAAUGUUCUUGUAAAAACACAGCACUUGUCAUAUACUAAUUUAGUUGUACAUUUAGCUUUGUAUAAUACAUAAGUCUAAAUAUAUUUAAUGAAUUCAAACAAUAUAUCACUUGACCAAGAAAUUGGAAUUUUUAAAUAUUUGUGCGGAGAUACACCAGA